AUGUCUCUGCCCUGUCCGUACCCAUAUGAGGACCAGGGGCCCCUCGCCGAGCUGUCAGUGCAGUGGAAAAGCCCCCGCAACAGCCUGCUCUGCCACUUUGUGAAGCACAAGGCCUUCAUGAACUGCUCUGCGGGGUACCAGCUAUGGUACUGGCCGGCCCACAUCAUCCUGGCCAUCGAGAGGGUCCAGGAGUGGGACUACGGGGCCCACCUGUGCUCCGUCAGCAAGAGGCACCACUUCACCGACACCACCCUGGAGCUACAGCGGGCACCAGCUCAGUGUUGGAGCGUUCUCUCUGCUUUGGUGGCGGUGCACGUACGGUGA